CACAUCAAGGGUUACUCCGCCACUGCGCCAUUAUAGUCCAGUCACGGUUUUGGUUAUGCUCUUUAGUUGACUCAUAAUUAUCGGACAUUGUUUCUUGUGUUUUGGAUCCUGCCUUCCUGGACUGUGUUGUCGUGCACAACCUUCGUUUAUAAUAAAACCCACUGAUCAUCCGUCAGUCAGGGUCCGCCUGUGCACCGUUGGUUCGUGACCGUCGAGUGUCUACAUUUUUAACUUGUCAGUAUGACAAAAGUGAUAGAGAUUAUGAGAGAUGGAUAGAGUACAAUAUAGUGAUAUUAUAUUUAUCAUCUUGUAAUUGACUAGCAACUAGGCCAGGGUAUAGUUAUCCUUUCACCUGAUAUAAACUGGUAAAUGCGAUAUUAAUCAUUCAUGUAAUAACUCCUGGGAAAAGUGGUUUAUAAAUAAAGUGGAGUCAACGUGUGCGCGGGGUCUCUCUGCCCAGUUUGGGAGCGCAGCCUGCCGGCUCAGAAUUGUUGGGAACCCCGACGUGUCUCCGGACGAUCAGACGUUAGCGAGGAGAGGCUGCAGGGGCGCACAGGACACGAUGAAGUUGGUGCUGCUCUUCUUCCUCUUGGCCGCAUCCUGCCCGCUCGCCCUCGCCACCAUCACCGACCCAAAUGAGUUUGUGUCCUUGGCAGAGAUGGAGGACGCUCUGCUGAAGAACCUCUUCCAAGGUUACCAGCGCUGGGUGAGACCCAUUCAGCACGCCAACGACACCAUCAGAGUCCGAUUCGGACUCAAGAUCUCCCAGCUGGUCGAUGUGGAUGAGAAGAAUCAGCUAAUGACAACAAAUGUUUGGCUAUGGCAGGAGUGGACGGAUUACAAACUGCGUUGGAGUCCAGAUAAAUACGGAGGCAUCACGUCCAUCCGAGUUCCAUCUGAAAACAUUUGGCUCCCCGACAUUGUCCUCUAUGAGAACGCCGACGGGCGAUUUGAGGGCUCCCUGAUGACCAAAGCAAUUGUCAAGUCCAACGGGGUCGUCACGUGGACACCGCCUGCCAGUUACAAGUCGGCAUGCACCAUGGAUGUCACCUUUUUCCCCUUUGACCGCCAGAACUGCACCAUGAAGUUCGGCUCUUGGACCUACGAUGGGAACAUGGUAGACCUUGUUUUGAUUGACAACCAGGUGGACCGCAAGGACUUUUUCGAUAACGGAGAGUGGGAGAUUCUCAACGCCACUGGGGCAAAGGGGAACAGGAAGGAUGGCGUGUAUUCCUAUCCUUUCCUCACGUAUUCCUUCAUCCUGAAGAGGUUGCCAUUAUUCUACACACUCUUCCUCAUCAUCCCUUGUCUAGGCUUGUCUUUCCUGACUGUGCUGGUAUUCUACCUUCCAUCUGAUGAAGGGGAAAAAUUGUCUCUCUCCACCUCUGUCCUAGUGUCGCUCACUGUCUUCCUCCUCGUAAUCGAAGAGAUCAUCCCCUCAUCUUCUAAAGUCAUCCCUCUCAUUGGCGAGUACUUGCUCUUCAUCAUGAUCUUUGUCACACUCUCCAUCAUCGUCACCGUGUUCGUCAUCAAUGUACACCACCGCUCGUCGGCCACCUACCACCCCAUGUCGCCAUGGGUUCGCAACCUCUUUCUUCAGAAGCUGCCCAGAAUGCUGUGCAUGCGAGGUCACAUCGACCGGUACCACUACCCGGAGCUGGCUCCUGAAAGUCCCGAGGCGAAGCCACGAUCCGGAGGUCGGCGAGCAGGCCAGAGGGCAAGCGGAGGACAAAGCGCUUCUGAUGGAAAGGAGGACGAGGCCUGGGCCACCAUGCUGGAGAAGGCCAUCUACUCAGUGCGAUACAUCAGCAGACACAUCCGCAAAGAACACUUCAUUCGGGAGGUGGUCCAAGACUGGAAGUUUGUGGCCCAGGUGUUAGACAGGAUCUUCCUGUGGGCAUUCCUGACUGUCUCAAUACUUGGCACCGUUCUUAUCUUCACUCCAGCACUGCACAUGUUCCUCAAAAUCCCUCCACCAAUUCCAAGUGAGGAUCCCACUUCAAUGUCACAGCUUUAGCACGGAU